GUGGUGUAGCCGGUGGUGGUGGUGGUGGUGGUGUUGCCGGUGGUGGUGGUGGUGAGGUGGAAGCCCCAGUCAUCACCUCCCCCCGGACUCCUCUGCUCUUGGACCGGCCGCCGCUAGAGGUCUCACGCGCUACCCGAACCCCAGCGUCCAGCAGCCCCGAUGAGGUGUGUGGGUGGUGGUGCCAAGUAGGCAGUGUCCCAGCAGCAGGACGGGCGGCAGGGCAGCAGCAGGCGGCAGCAGGCGGAGCAGCGGCAGCCGGAGGGGGUGGUGGAGGGGAGGGGGAGGAGGAGGGGAGGUAAAUGAAGGUGGGGGGGGCAGCUCUCACCACACCACAGCAUCGAGGCGCGACCGGGGACCGAGCGUCGUCGCCGUGGUCCCGUAGUUCACCAUGGGGUCGGAGCAGCACUACUCGCUGCGCUGGAACGACUACACGGUCAAGAUAGUGACGGCCUUCCAGUCCCUGCGCGACGAGGAGGACUUUGUGGACGUGACGGUGGCCUGCGAUGGGCACUCCUACUCGGCCCACAAGAUGGUGCUGUCCGCGUGCUCCCCCUACUUCCGCACUCUCCUUAGGGCCAACCCUUGCCAGCAUCCCAUCGUCAUACUGAAGGAUGUGGGUCAUGUUGAGCUGGAGCGGUUACUGGAGUUCAUGUACAACGGAGAGGUGAGCAUCGCGCAGGACCAACUCGCUGCCUUCCUCAAGACGGCCGAGAACCUCAAGAUCCGGGGUCUGGCGGGAUCCUCGGACGAGAUGGACCAGGCUGGCGUCCACCGUCCGGAUGUCUCGUACAGCUACAGUAGCGGCUCGGCCCUGGGCGGCGGCGUCACCUCAGACCGAAGCAGCCCCUCCGCCGGGUACGCCCCAAGCCAGAGUUCCAAGGACGACGAGAUGGCGGGCGACGGAUACCACACCCGGCCAGACUCCCCUCCGGCCAAGAGACGGAAACGCUCCUCUGCGCCUGCUGCGUCUUCUGCUGCUGGUCAUGCCGACUCUACGCCUGCUAGCCACGCCACAGAAGGUGUGGCUGGUGACUCUUCCGUGGAGGUAGACUCUGGGGGUAACCUCGGUGGUGGCGGCCUGUCGGGGGACGAUGACGCCCGGCUCGACCGAAGAGAGAUGAAGAGCGAACCAGGUGAUGCCAUGGCUGAUGUGUACAGUGAAUCUUCUGAGAUGAGUACUGACCCCCAAUCACACUCUGGUGAGGGCAUGGAUCCACGGCAGCCGCCUUGCCCCCCCUCAGCGAUGCCGGGGCCGUCAGGAGCAGCGGGCGGCCAGGAGGGCGGGAGCAGCCACGAGCCGGGCGAUGUGAUGAUGGCCAUCGUUAACGCCGUGCAGGCCAACGCGCCGUCAGACCGGCCCAUGAAGUGCCCGCUGUGCCUGGGCAUCAUCAAGCAGGCGCGCAACCUCCGGCGGCACGUGUUCAAGCGGCACCUGCCGGCGGCCAAGCGCGGCGAGAUCACGGAGGCGGACGUCAAGAACAUCCUGGAGAGCAAGCUGAAGGCCAUCACCGUCACGCCGCUCACCGAGGACGAGAUGCGGCAGGUGCAGCAGCGCGGCCGCCGCAAGGGCUCCAAGUCGCCGCGCAAGAAGAAGGGCAUCGCGGCGCUGCCGGACGGCGUCAACGGCGCCAACAUCAACGAGUCGGAGGUCACCAUCCGCAAGCUGCCGACGAAGAAGGACGGCAAGAAGGACAAGUCCGCAGGCGCGGCGUCGCCCGGCUCCACGGUGGGCGGCGACAGCGUGCGCGACGGGCGCGAGGACAUCCUGCAGGAGGCGCUGGCGGCGCGGGACAAGGGCGUGAGCGGGCAGGACGAGGUGAUGGACCUGGCCACCAACGCCCAGCAGCUGCCGCCCAUCUCCGUGGUGGUGUCGCACGCCGGCCACUCCAGCACGCAGGCCACCGCCCAGUCCAUGAGCCUGGCCUCGGGCAUACACCCGCGCAUCCCCACGGAGGCGGCGCUGGGGGCGGCGGGCGUGAGGCUGCAGACCGACUCGCCGCUGUCCCUGCACCGGGACCUGCCCGCCAUGCCCGCCAUGGCCUUCGAGCCGCAGGUCACCAUCAGCGAGGGCCUGGUCACCUACCACACCACCUCGCCCUCGCAGGUGCUGACGCAGACCACCUCGCCCUCCCCCUCGGCCUCGGGCUACGCGCCGGCCUCCUACUGGUCCCCGUCCGGCAUGGGCCUGUCCGCCAGCACCUUCCAGCCCCACCAGAGCGUGUUCGCGCCCGCGCACUCCGACUACUUCACGGCGGGCGUGCACAUGGCGCGGCCCUCCUCCCUGGAGCGGAUGCAGCAGCACCGGCGGAAGCCCUACCAGUAGGGGGCGCGGCGCCCCUAGCGUAGAGUACAACCAUUUUUAUAGAGCAAGGACGGCAGUGUGUGUCCAGUUAUCCUAGUUGGUAUUGAUGGUACAACUGUAACAUAUGGCGCGUCUUAGUGUUUCUAUCUGUGCUUCUCGAUCCUCUCGUCCCAGACCCCGCCGCCGCGCCCUGCCUGCGUGCGUGCGGCCCGCAGCGCGGCGUGGCGCGUCAACUAUGCAUGGCAGAGAGAGAGAGAGAGAGAGAGAGAGAGAGAGAGAGAGAGUAAAACUAUCAGUGCAUGUGUGAAAAUGAAUAUACAAAAUAGCCAUGUAGUGUGUGUGUGUGUGUGUGUGUGUGUGAGAGAGAGAGAGAAAGAGAGAGAGGCGGCCCCCUGGCGGCGGCCGCGGCCCUCACCAGGCAGCAGCAGCAGCAGCAGCAGGUGAGCGGCAGCAGGCGGCACACUGCAACCCUGCACAUAGCCGGCGCCGGGUGGCCGCUGCCCCUCCGCCCCUCAUCUGUACCGCGUCUCCCUCCCUUCCCAGGUAAUCUAGGCAGGUAGACUAGUGUUUACCCAGGUAUGCAAAUAUAUCAGUGCCCCUGUCAACACGGAGAGUAAUUUACAACCUUCAUACAGCACCGCGCCCACACCUGGCCCCGCCCACCCGUGCAGCCUGACAGGUGGGGGCGCGGGGCCUAGGCUAGGUCUCACAUCAAUCACUUCCAAAGCCCAUAAAAGAGGUUAAUCGGGUUCAAAUAGGUGUUUUCUUAGGUUCAUGGUACAGACGAAGGGUCAAACUACCACCAGGGUCAUUAAACUAUCCAUGGACAUGCCUCAAACUCCUAUAAAGGCCUGUCAAAUGUGUUCAAGGAUAUGGUCGUUAGCUCAGUAUACUCAGACGCAUCCAUCUCACACGUCAACUAUUUCCAAAGGCCAAAAAGUAAAUUAAUUGGGUUCAAAUGAGUGUUUCUUUAGGUUCACGGUACAGAGGAAGGGUCAUUCUACCACCAGGGUCAUAAAACUACCCCUGGAAAUGCCCGCAACUCCUACGAAAGCCGUGUCAAAUGAGUGUUACUGAAGGUUCUCGGUACAGAGGAAGGGUCAGACUACCACCAGGGUCAUAAAACUACCCCUGGAAAUGACCACUAGUACAUACAUAGACAUAACAUACAGACAUACAUAGAUAGACCCAUACACAGACAUACAUGCAGACAUACACACAUACAUACAGAUGGACAGACAGACAUUAUACAUUAUACAUACAGACAUAUGCUAUACACUAUACAUACACAGACAUACAUACAGACACUAUACAUUACACAAACACACAUGCAAGACUAUACACUCUACAAACAUACAUACAAUCACUAUAGUUCCACAUGACUGUCGGAAAGGGAGGAUGAACAGCUGGGUGUGUGGGUGACCUGCUCUUCGACUGACCGGGCUGGGAUUCGAACCUAGGCCUGCGGUGUGGUAGGUAGGCACGCUGACCACUAGACCAUGUGUAUAGAAAAUGAUAAAUAAGUUACCCCCAAAAUCAGUUCUUUUUAGAUAAUUGAAGGGAUCGGGUUUUGCUAAUGACCGGUAAAGUUACAAGAAAGCUAUUAAAGAUGACCUUAAUUAUGAAUCUUUAGUAUUUAAUUAUAUCCCCAACGAAAUACAAAAAAGAAAAAAAGAAA